UCAGAAUUCAGCGGCAGAAAUAAUAUUAUACAGUAAGCACAAGUCCUGAGCGUGUCAUACAGAGAGUGUGUCCGUGCAAACCACCCAUGGAAGAGUUGAAAGCAAGGCCGGCAAAUUCGUCUCCUCUUACUCCAUUAGGCUUCUUGGAAAGAGCAGCCACCGUUUAUGGCGAUUGUCCUUCUAUAAUCUACCACACCACCAACUUCACGUGGUCGCAGACCCAUCGCCGAUGCCUCCAAGUAGCCUCGUCAAUCGUAUCGCUCGGCAUCGAGAGGGGCCAAGUGGUGUCCGUUGUGGCCCCCAACAUCCCCGCCAUGUACGAGCUCCAGUUCGCCGUCCCCAUGUCCGGUGCCAUCCUCCACAGCAUCAAUACCCGUCUCGACGCUCGCACUGUCUCCGUACUCCUGCGCCACGGUGAGUCCAAGCUCAUCUUCGUCGACUAUCUCUCUCGCUCUCUUGUCUUGGAGGCCCUCUCUUUCCUUCCACCCAAUACCCCACGCCCUCUUCUCGUCCUCAUCACUGAUGUUGACGAUGAUGCUGAUCAUACCCAUGAUUCAUCACCUGCCGUCAAUUUCUGCAGCUCCUACGAGAGCCUGGUUGAGAGAGGCGAUCCUGAAUUCAAGUGGGUCCGCCCGAAGAGCGAGUGGGACCCUAUGAUAUUGAACUACACUUCGGGUACAACCUCUUCCCCAAAAGGGGUUGUCCACUGCCACCGGGGGAUAUUUAUCAUUACCAUUGAUUCUCUGAUCGAUUGGGGCGUCCCAAAGCAACCGGUGUAUUUGUGGACCCUACCCAUGUUCCACGCUAAUGGGUGGAGCUACCCUUGGGGCAUAGCAGCCGUUGGUGGGACCAACAUCUGCCUCCGGAAAUUCGAUGGACCCACAAUAUUCGGCCUGAUAAACAAACACGGCGUCACUCACUUGUGCGGUGCUCCUGUGGUGCUCAACAUGCUGACCAACUCUCCAAACAACCAACCGCUCCAAAAACCGGUUCAGAUCCUCACGGCAGGAGCCCCACCACCAGCCGCUGUACUUUUCCGGACCGAAGCAUUAGGCUUCGUGGUGAGCCACGGGUACGGAUUGACGGAAACGGCAGGACUUGUGGUGUCGUGUGCGUGGAAGCCACAGUGGAAUCGGUUGCCGGCGACUGAAAGGGCGAGGCUCAAGGCUAGACAAGGGGUGAGGACUAUAGGUUUGACUGAAGUGGACGUGGUGGAUGCGGAGACGGGAGCAAGUGUGAAACGAGAUGGGUUAACACUAGGGGAAGUUGUACUGAGAGGUGGGUGUGUGAUGCUGGGUUAUCUCAAGGACCCCGUGGGCACCUCCAAAAGCAUGAAAGAGGAUGGUUGGUUCUACACAGGGGACGUGGGAGUGAUGCAUCCAGAUGGUUACUUGGAAAUCAAAGAUCGAUCGAAGGACGUGAUCAUAAGCGGUGGAGAGAACUUGAGCAGCGUGGAAGUGGAGUCGGUACUGUAUAUGCAUCCGGCCAUUAACGAGGCGGCCGUGGUGGCUAGGCCCGACGAGUUCUGGGGGGAAACGCCUUGUGCGUUUGUGAGCGUCAAGGAUGGGUUGACUCGGAAGCCAACUGAGAAGGAAAUCAUAGAAUUUUGUAGGGCUAAGUUGCCGCACUACAUGGUGCCCAAGACAUUGGUGUUCAAGGAUGAGCUACCCAAGACUUCUACUGGAAAGAUUCAGAAGUUUGUCCUCAGAGAGAUUGCCAAGGCCAUGGGCUCCAGAGCGAGUCGGAUGUAGGAGUGAAUUAAGGAGCUGAGUCCCAGUUUAGAUGGACCCUCGUACCUAAAUGGUUCGUGGUUGUGAGAAUAACCAAUGUUAUGCUUGCAUAUCACAAUCAUGAAUCGUUUGAAAACAAGCCCUCUUUAAAGUAAAUCACAAAUUACUCUCCUUUUCAUGAA